AGAUCUAGUUUAUAACGUUACAUAUAUUAAAUCAUUAUCCCGGUCUUGAAACAUGCUGAAUUCAUCUAGCGAAGAUAGCGUUCCUAGUUUCACCCUAACUCUUGUCAGGCACGGAGAAACAGAGGCAAAUGUUUUUGGAUUAAUUCAAGGACAAGGUGUUGAUUCGUCACUAAAUAAACGAGGAAAAAAGCAAUCUGGAAAGAUCAAAUCCUUUUUGUCAUCAGAAAUUUUUGACCUUGUUUAUUCAAGUGAUUUGAAACGAGCAAAGCAAACUUGUGAGAUUAUUCUAGAACAAUCUGAUUCGCCUAACGAACAUCAAGCUGGCUCUAAACUGUCUUCAGAGAAAAUAAUUUAUGAUAAAAGGUUACGAGAAAGGUGUUUCGGAGUUAUGGAAGGACGAUAUUAUCAUGAGAUGGACAAUGUUGCUUUUCCGUCAGACAGAUCAGCUGAAAAUAAUCUUCCUGAUGGAGCUGAAUCAAUAAAAGAAUUAGAAGCAAGGGCUUUUUCAUUUUUUAAAGAUUUGUGCGAACACGUUUACAACAGCUUCACAUUAACUGACAAUAAAACAUCACCCAGUACUGUUAACAUAUUAAUUGUGUCCCAUGGCGGACUUUUAGCCUCUUUAAGUAAUGUGUUUGCUGAAAAGUUUCAUUGUUCUUAUCCACGUGGUGUUCAUCCGGCACAGAUAUCAGUGAAUACAGCUAGAUCAAAAUUUACUGUAAUGUUCAAAGAUUGUACCUUUGCAAAAAAUAAAAAAUUUAAUUUAAAAUCGAUCGGAAUGGAAUGCAAUGUUUUAAAUGAUAGUUCUCAUCUCUACAACUGAUAUCAGUUGAUUGUACGGUAUCUUUUAAUUCACAAAAAUUAUUAUUGUACAUAGAUGAUGACUCUCUCAGCAAGCAAUAUAGCAUAUUAUGUUUUGGGUAGGACCAGAAUCUUUCUAAAUUUUCUUUUUUAC